AUGGACAGCAUCAUAAAGGAAGUGACAAGCAGACUUUCCCAGGAGGAUGGGCGUGCAGUGGAGGGAAGGAGGGAGAAUGUUGCAUUCCAGGCAGAGGGAGAAACACCAGCCAAGUCACGGCACUUCCAGGGUGCUGGGAUGGUUCAGCUGGUGAAAGAGCACUACGGGAAGGGAGCUCCCCAUGAGAGGAAGGAGGGUAAAAGGAAGCAAGAGGACCUGCCUGAAGACCAGCACUUGCCUCGUGGUCAGAGGCUGCAGAAGGGAGAAAGGGCCCAGAGCACUGAGGACAAAACAAAGGAGACAGGAGAAGACAGGGCUGCUGAGGAAGGCCCUUCUCUCAGCAAAACAGAACCAAGGAAGGAUGCAAAGGAUUGGAAGCUGCCAAUGCCCCUGGGACCUGAUUAUCCACCAUUAAUCUCCUCGAAUCUAAGCACCACCAGAGCUGUGGGACGAAACUGGAAAUUGUCUCCUCCAGUAGCAAAGAGCUUCCGAAUACAUGAUGCACAUAUGGCUGGUCUGCCCCAGCAGGGCCCUUUCCGGCACUUCAUGGACAUGAAGGUGGAGAAGAGACUGGCCAGCUGGAAGGAGCGCCGCAGCCAUUUUGGAGAUGUUAGCAUGCACAAGUGCUAUCGGUUUGGGCAGGUCUUCUCCCCUUUCCAGGCCCUCUCCACCGUGGAGAUGCAAAGACUGGUGUUUCCCCGAGACCCGCCCAUGAGUACCCACAUACAGAGAAUGGGUACUUUGUGCCCCACCGAUGUGAAUCUCCAGGAUUUAUCCUUGUUUUCCACAGAGUUGGGCUUGGGAAAGGAUGACAGCAACCAUGAGAAAGAGAAACCAGUGAGCCACGUUAAAACACCUUUAUUCCCCCCAAUAGUUAAAGCAACAAAAUCUAAUGACAUAAAAUAA